CUGGUUCAAAAAUCUCUCUGUCUCUGUCAGGGGGCGCUGUAGCUCGAGUUCCAUUGGACGCAGGGGGGAAUUUCAGAGCAUAUCUUUUUGCCUGCUCCUGUGGAUCUUAGGCAUUUCGAAAAUGUCUGAACCCACUGUUGCUGACACGCGCCGUUUAAAUAGCAAACCUCAAGAUCUUACCGACGCAUAUGGACCCCCUAGCAACUUCCUCGAAAUUGAUGUUUAUGACCCGCAGACUGUUGGAGUAGGCCGGAACCGCUUCACCACUUAUGAAGUACGAAUGCGGACUAACCUGCCAAUCUUCAAAAUGAAGGAUAAUACUGUCCGGAGGCGAUACAGUGACUUUGAGUGGUUGAAGAAUGAGCUUGAGAGAGAUAGCAAGAUUGUAGUGCCCCCUCUACCUGGCAAAGCCCUUAAACGGCAGCUGCCCUUCCGGGGAGAUGAAGGCAUCUUUGACGAGUCCUUCAUUGAGGAGCGGAGAGUUGGCUUGGAGCAGUUCAUUAAUAGAAUUGCUGGCCACCCCUUAGCCCAGAAUGAACGCUGUCUUCAUAUGUUCCUGCAAGACGAGAGUAUCGACCGGAACUACGUUCCUGGAAAAGUGUGAAUAAAUUUUUAAUCAUCUUUAUUGAUGUGGGGACAUGAAGAAACAUCCUCCCGCCUUGAGUCUUAUCACAGUGAUGCACAAAGCUGUGUUUCAGCAGCGUUCCACGCCAUGACACCACAGCACCCGACCCCUUUCUUCAUCUGUAAAUAUGUACAUAUUUGUAAGUGAGAGGACACUGCUUAAGUCAUUAAUUUAUUAAAGUCAUGUCUCCAAAGAAUUAAUUGCGCAUGUUGCACAUAUGAUCCAAUGUGCAGUACAUUUUAUUUGUCUCUUGAUCGGGAAAUGCAUACAUAUAACCUAUGAAAAUAAUGGCAUCAUAACAAAAGUAUUCCAUUUGUAUUAUUGCUUGGACAAAUUUCUAGACAGAUUGUUAAUGCUACCUCAAUUACAAUGUAUGUGUAUCUGAUUCAAACUUGGCCGUGACAAGGACGUUAUCUAAACUGCAAUCUUCUUUUUGUACUUUUACCCCCCUCAUUUAGUUUGAAAAAUAUUUUGUGUCGGAAAACACAGAGUUAUUCACCAUUAAAGUUUUUUAAUCCAAA